UCGCCGCGCCGCUCUCUUCCGACAGCUGCAGCGGCACUGCCCUGGAGCCGAGGGGACGAGCGCGCCUCUCCGCCGCGUCCAGCACCCUCAACCUGUUCCCGGCGCGCAGCGGUGCGUUCACCGCCCGACAUGGAUUUCCUCCUGGCUCUGGUGCUCGGCUCCUCGCUCUACCUACAGGCGGCCGCCGAGUUCGACGUGAGGUGGCCCAGGCAGAUAGUGUCAUCCAUCGGCCUGUGUCGCUAUGGAGGGAGGAUUGACUGCUGCUGGGGCUGGGCCCGCAGGUCCUGGGGACAAUGUCAGCCUUUCUACGUCUUAAGGCAGAGAAUAGCCAGGAUAAGGUGCCAGCUCAAAGCUGUAUGCCAACCACAGUGCAAACAUGGUGAAUGUAUUGGACCCAACAAGUGCAAGUGCCAUCCUGGAUAUGCUGGAAAAACCUGCAAUCAAGACGAACACUUCUACCCAACUCCUCUUGGCCAAGGCAGUGAACAGCCUCUUUUCCAACCCCUGGAUCGUCAAGCCACAAGUUUACCUUCAAGGGAUCUAAAUGAGUGUGGCCUGAAGCCGCGACCCUGCAAGCACAGGUGCAUGAACACGUACGGCAGCUACAAGUGCUACUGUCUCAACGGAUAUAUGCUCAUGCCAGAUGGGUCCUGCUCAAGUGCGCGGACAUGCUCCAUGGCAAACUGUCAGUAUGGCUGCGAUGUUGUCAAAGGGCAGAUCCGGUGCCAGUGCCCCUCUCCCGGCCUACAGCUGGCUCCUGAUGGGAGGACCUGUAUGGAUGUUGAUGAAUGUGCCACUGGAAGAGUGUCCUGCCCUAGAUUUAGACAGUGUGUCAACACUUUCGGGAGUUACAUCUGCAAGUGUCAUAAAGGCUUCGACCUCAUGUACAUUGCGGGCAAAUACCAGUGUCACGAUAUAGAUGAAUGCUCCCUUGGUCAGUAUCAGUGCAGCCACUUCGCCCGAUGUUACAAUGUGCACGGGUCCUACAAGUGUAAAUGUAAAGAUGGAUACCAAGGUGAUGGACUGAGUUGUGUGUAUAUUCCAAAAGUUAUGAUUGAACCGUCAGGUCCAAUUUAUAUACCAAAGGGAAAUGGUACCAUUUCAAAGGGUGAUGGAGGACACAGUAAUUGGAUUCCUGACGUUGGAAGUACUAGGUGGCCUCUGAAGACACCGUAUAUUCCUCCUGUUACCAACAGGCCCACUUCUAAGCCAACAACAAGACCUACACCAAGGCCAACACCACAGCCUACCCCACCCCCACCCCCAGAACUCGGAACAUCUCCACCAAUAACAACCCCGGAAAGACCAAGCACCAGACUAACAACUGUACCGCCAGUUGCCUCUACAUCUCCGCGAUGGGUUACAGUUGACAACAGGAUACAGACGGAUCCUCAGAAGCCCAGAGGGGAUGUGUUCAUUCCACGGCAACCUUCGAAUGACUUGUUUGAAAUAUUUGAAAUUGAAAGAGGAGUCAGUGCAGACGAUGAAGCAAAGGAUGAUCCAGGUGUUCUGAUACAUAGUUGUAAUUUUGACCAUGGGCUUUGUGGAUGGAUCAGAGAAAAAGACAGUGACUUGCACUGGGAACCAGUAAGAGAUCCAGCAGGUGGACAGUAUCUGACAGUCUUGGGAGCCAAAGGCCCAGGGGGAAAAGCCGCUCGCUUGGUGCUACCUCUCGGCCACCUCAUGCAUUCAGGGGACCUGUGCCUGUCGUUCGGGCACAAGGUGACUGGGCUGCACUCCGGCAUGCUCCAGGUGUUUGUGAGAAAACACGGUGCCCACGGAGCAGCCCUGUGGGGAAGAAAUGGUGGCCAUGGCUGGAGGCACACACAGCUCACCUUGCGCGGGGCUGACAUCAAGAGCGUCAUCUUCCGAGGAAGGCCCCGGCCUGUGACGUGUGCCGUCCUUCCUCCUGGUUACAAGGCGUUCCUCGUAGCAAACCACGGGAGAAGUUUUCAAAAGAGAUCUGUGCACAUGGCCAUUCCGUAAUCUGUUCAGUGUUGUACCACGAGUAGUACUGACUUCCCCUAAGAUCCGUUGUACAAUGUGCUUGUGAAAUUGGUUUCUCCCCUUCACUUGUUAGCUCUGGCCUGACCUGAACUCUCUGAACUCUGGCUUUUACUGCCAUUCACUUUAUAAAAGAAGGGUGUGUAACAUAUCAAGAUGCAUUCAUUCUCGUUAUCUGUAUUUUUCUUUUAAAGACAUUAUGUAGAGUGGCACGUAAUCCCUCGUUAGCAGUAUUGUGUUUUGUGUAAAUGUGCUAUUGAUAUUAGUUACGUGUUCCUAAUAUAUACAGACUCUAGUUGCAAGGGAAAAGGCAGCUUGUGAGCUCUUGAAUUAAAAAAUUACCCGGUGAAAUGCCAUCCAGUUCCCUGACCUUAUUUUGGAAGCAAGAGAAAAUGGGAAGAGCUGUCAGGUGGCAGUGGAGGGACGAGUUUUUUCACGGCCGUGAGUGUGACCACUACACAGGAGAGCGAACCGUUCAUGUGGGCAAGAAGCUGAAGUUUGCAUAGAAAACUCCCUGUUCCGGGGUAUACUUUAAAACCAGCACUUUUUACCAUAAUAACGCAGCUCUCUGUGGUAAUCGGUAAAACUUGUAAAAGUUCUGGUUGUUUCAGAGAAAAGAUCCUGUUUAUGGCAGGGCAAGGAGAAGCGUGGAGGGGGAGCCCCGUUGGGACAGGUUUUCGUACUGCUGUUUAAAUCCAUACGCACGGAGGCAGGUCUGGCUCCUAACGCCUGUGUCGUCUUGUCACAGUGGGGCAGGUUGCAGGGCCUGUGCCGGACGCUCGGUCGUGUUGGAGUAGGGCUCAUUAGAGCAGUGAGACCUGGGAACCCCCAACCACGUUUCCUCUCUGCCGAUGUUACCUUUAUAUGAAAAAAAUACCUAACUUUUAAAAGGCAACUUACUGCUGAGGCUUUUCCUUCAUUCCUGAUUAAGUAAUCAAAAUAUUCUCUGCUGUUUUUGCCAGGAAUCACAAAGAUGAUUAAAGGGUUGGAAAAAAAGAUCUAUGAUGAAAAAUUAAAGGAACUGGGAUUAUCCCGCGUGGAGAAGAGGAGACUGAGGGGCAAACCGCUGCUGGGGUUCAAGUGUGUGGUCGGUGGGGACAGAGAGGAUGGUGAUCAGCUGCCCUCCACGUGCGCUAAGAAUAGAACAAGAGGAAACAGGCCUAGACUGGGGAGUGAGGGGACAGUUCCUGGCAGGGACAACUGUUAAACUAGAACCCUUUGUUAAAAAAAAAAAAAAGUGAAUCUCUUUCCG